AUGUUGGCUAAUCUCUUAGCAAAAUACGGGGUCAAACAUAAGGUUGAGACCGCAUACCAUCCUCAGACUCGUGAACAAGUUAAGGUGUCAAAUAGAGAUAUAAAACAGAUUCUGGAGAAGACAGUUAGUGCAAGUAGGAAAUAUUGGGCUACAAAGCUUGAUAAUGCUCUAUGGGCAUAUCGGACCACCUAUAAAACUCCAAUCAAAGUAUCUCCUUACAAGCUAGUUUAUGGAAAAGCAUGCCAUUUACUGGUGGAACUUGAGCACGAGGCCUAUUGGGCGAUAAAGAAGCUGAACUUUGAUGUAGAAUUAGCGGGUGCAAAAUGGUUGAGACUCUUUCCGGGGAAGCUCAAAUUGAGAUGUUUGGUCCCAUUUGAGGUAGUUAGAGUUACUCGACAUGAUGCAAUUGAGAUGCGCUUCAUAGAUGGCAAGAGAACGUUCUUAGUUAACGGACAAAGAGUAAAGCACUAUUAUGGAGGUGACUUUGAUCGUCAGAAGUCGAAGGAGUUACUUAGCCAACGAUUAGGCGAGAUUCUGCAUCGUGCCGCGACGUUAAAUCAGGCGCUUGAUUAUGAGCAUAGGAACCAAAGCCAUUGGAAAAGUGCCAAAGUGAGCUAG